CAACGACUCUAGCUUAAAAAUGUCAAAGUGCAGCCACGCGGUUGGCUUUCCCAAAUAAAAUCAUUAACUGCUGCUGCAUCCAACGCCAUGGAGUAUCAUCGCCGGUGCCGGAGAUUUUCUUGCUCCUCUUCUCUCACCGAUGUUUGAAGACGUGUGCAAACAAGUGAAUUGUGGUCAGGGAAUUUGCAAGCCUUCAAAUAAGAGCACUAUAUUUUCAUAUGAAUGUGAAUGCUCCCCCGGGUGGAAACAACUAGCUACAUUUGCGGUGGCUAAUGAUGAUUCCUUUUUAAAAUUUCUCCCUUGUGUCAUCCCCAACUGCACAUUCGAUUAUUCAUGUUCAAAGGCCCCAUCGCCAGUGCAACAAAAGGAGAACCCAGGGAAUGGAUCAAUCUUUGAUGUGUGUCAAUGGACCUACUGUGGAGGCGGAAGAUGUGAAUCGACGUCCCUAUUCACCCACAAAUGUGAAUGUAGUGACGGUUACCAAAAUCUUCUCAACUUGACAUUUUCUCCAUGCUUUAAAGAAUGUUCAAUUGGAAUGGACUGUAAGGACCUUAACAUUGGAUUUAAGGACAACCCAUCUUCUCCACCUCCAAGUUUGUCGGCAGAUCGUUCAAACCAUGCUAAAGAUAGACUCGAAGGCCGCUAUGAUUGGUUGAUAUUCUUGACGAUUACGCUUUUGGCGAUUUAACAAUGCAUACUUGGUUUGGCUUUGGAGACAGGUUUUGAAACACUUCAACACACACAUCCUAUCUCAACCAUGUAGCAGAAACCAACAUGUAGGAAAAUAUAAUCACAAUGCAACAUCAGUUAUUUUUCUUUUAUAAAUUAAACCGAUGUAAGACAAUAUAUACUUUUGGGUUAUUUGAAUUAUUUUAUCUCUCUGAA